AUGCAUUCGAAAACAACGGAAGAUGCUAGUGUGAGUAGCGAACCGUUAAGUUCCAGUGUAAGUUUUACAAGCACUUCCGAUUUCGACUUUGAAGAUGAUGGUGAAACGCCUUCAGCGGGCAUAGGAUCAUCGGUGGAUUAUGAAUAUGCCUGCCCAAAUGUGUACAGUGGUAAAGUUAUCACCGAUUAUGACGGAAAAGAAGACCGAAAUGAUGCCAAUGGAGACAAUGGUUCGAAUAACAAGCCUCCGCCAGAAGACAUGGACGGAUCGAACGUAGAUAAGCACAACAACUCAAUCUUCACGUUUAAUCUGCCUUUUGGUGGCAAGUCUCUUAUCCCGGCUUCCCCGCUAAGUAGCCUACGGAGAACUUUCUUGCCCGGUUUCACCGACGAUAAGGCUCGAACCAAGACCAGACGCAAGAUCAAACUCAAGCUGCAAAGACAGGAAACGAUAUCUUCGAUCGAGGAGCGGGAGCUUUUCCAGAAUCAAAAAGGCAUCGAUAAUGUUAGAGCGCGUGCCGUGAAACGAGCGCUAAAACCUGGAUCGCUCUUUCAAACUAUCAGAUCUUUUUCCACAGACCCGCAAACUACAACUCUCGAUGGAUAUUCGAUCGACCGUUUGGAGUCUAUCUGGAACGAACUUGAAGGCGAUAUGGUCAUCUUGGGUGGUUACAGAGGAAGUAUUUUACGCGAUUGUGAAACUAAGCGUAGAGUUUGGUUGCCCAUUCGCGCAGGGUUCAACAUUCGUAAAGUCAAUUUGCUUAUUGGUCCUGAGCCGGAUUCGGAGGCCGAAGCGCAGAGAAAGAUUUAUUCGGACAGCAUGCUGACGCAUUUCGGACCUGUUGAUGUUUGUAAGAAACUUAUCAAAAAAUUGGACAGUAAUUCCAAUGUCAAUAUCGAUGACUUUGGUUAUGACUGGAGACUUUCAUUGCAAAUUCCAGCAGAUCAGUUGGCCUCCAAACUGCAACGAAUAUAUGAUAAACAGAAAACGAAAAAGGGAACAUACCUUAUAGCACACUCUAUGGGUGGCUUAGUAGCACAUAAAGUUCUUCAAGAUCAUACACACUUGGUACGCGGAAUUAUAUAUGUGGGAUCACCUAGCCAAUGUCCCAACAUUCUUGGACCACUUCGGCUAGGCGACGAAGUGAUUCUCAACAAAUCUAUCUUGAGUGCCGAGACAACUUUCUUCAUGAGAAGUAGCUUCUACUUUCUACCCUUCGAUGGAAGAUGUUUUGCAAACAAAGACACAUUAGAACGUUACGACCUAGACUUCUUUGACCCCGACGUGUGGGGCGAAUACAACCUGUCACCUUUGGUUGAUAAAGAGCGUCUAAACGAUGAGGACGUUGUGAAAGUCGCAUCUCCAGAUAGAGAGAAAUUUAGUUUGAUUCCGCAUGUGGAUAUGAUGAGAUCUUUGAGCAGCAACAAUGAGCCGAUCACUUUUACUACACCCUACAAUAAGUGCCGAGAGUAUCUCAAAAGAACUUUAAAAGAGACCCGUAAAUUCUUAGAAGAUCUGGAGUAUGCGCCCAAUAAGCAAUAUCCGCCUUUGGCCAUUGUCUACGGAAAUCGAAUUCCGACGGUUCGCGGUGCCAAAGUCGCCAAUAGAGAACAAAUCAAGAUUGGUGCAUAUGACGAAUUCUACUAUGGCCCUGGUGACGGUGUGGUUCACCACAAGUGGCUUUUGCCCGAGACGCGUGGCUUCCCGGUUGUAGCCAAAAUCGCGUCUGAGUGUGCACACGUAAGUUUGAUGACCGACUUCGAGGCUAUGGCCAAAGCUUUCAUCUCCCUUGUAGAUAGCGAGUAA